AGAGGCCAUAAUCAAGAAUACAAAAUGGAAUUCAUCCGCAUAUUGCUGUUACAUAUUAUAUUAUUGAUAUCAUUGGAUGGUGCUACAAGUUGGCUAAUGGAACAUGAGAAUUUUACCCUCCCUUCCUAUUGUUCCAAAACAUGCGGUGGUAUACAAAUUGAGUAUCCUUUUGGCAUUGGCACUAAUUGUUCUUAUGCUGUUGGAUUUAAUCUUACUUGUUCACAAGACCAGGAUCAUCCAAGACUCUUGUUAGGAGAUGGCAAUAUCCAAGUAAGAGCUUUUGAUAUGAACGAGGGGCUGGUCAUCAUUGAAUCACCAUAUGCCACAUUGGAUGUGGAUGCACAAUCUAAUCACACUGCAUUGAUCAAUCUUAAGGAUUUACCUCUGUCUUAUAACUUACUUUCAACUGAUUUUGGAAGCUCAUUUCAAUAUAACACAUUGCAUGUGGCCGGUUGUAGUGUUACUGCCAUUAUUGUUGAUUUGGAUACCAAUAGUGCGAUAGAUUCUUGCAAUACAAUAUGCUCCACUACUAUCAACAAUCCAACUACUCAGCAGAGAUAUAUGUCUAGAAUUGGAUAUUGUAGAAUUGACUUGUAUAGUGUAAGAUUUAGCAAUCUUUCAUUGGCCAUUCAGUUAAAUCGACUUGAUGAGAAAAUGGAUCAUAUGAUCAUCAAUAGCACCUCCAGCAUCAUAGCCACCAUAUAUGAUGAUGAACUAACUGAUUAUGAUGACUUCCAAAGAUUUAUAGACGAUAGGAAUAGAACUGGAAUGAUGGCCUCUCUCGCUUGGUACUUCAAUGACUAUUCAACAUGCAAAGAGGCUAUGGAGAGGACCAACACUUAUGCAUGUCUUAGUGAUAGAAGUGAAUGUUAUGAUGUCGUCCUUUUUGAAGAAACCAGUGGCUACAAUUGUCGAUGUUCUUCAGAUUAUGUGGGCAAUCCCUACCUGCAUGAUGGUUGUAAAUUAGAUAAAAAUUUUACAUUCACUCCUGCAAAAGAUUGUCAACCCAAAUGCGGAAAUGUUACAAUUUCCUUUCCCUUCGGGCUAAAACAAGGUUGUUAUCGAGACGAAGACUUUGCUCUAACAUGCAAUGAAACCUCCAGCCCUCCAACUCUCCUAUUCGAUGGUUCUGUAGUGAGCAACAUUUCAUUGAAGGAAGGCCAACUGGAGUAUACUAUUUAUUUUUAUUCAGGUAAUAGAAAUUCACAUUUCACUUCCUCGAAGGCUCAGAAGGAUCAGACAAUCAUCGAUUGGGUAAUAGACAACCAAUCUUGCAAGGAUGCUGCAAAAGACAGCACCAUCUUCGCAUGUAUCUAUGAAAACAGCUCAUGUUUGGAUGUAAAAAAUGAGGGGUAUAGAUGCAUAUGCAAACAUGGUUAUGAUGGGAAUCCUUACCUUCCUUUUCCUGACGGAUGUCAAGAUAUCAAUGAAUGCAAUUCUUCUUCAAAAGUUUGCACUGGAGAUUGUAUAAAUACAAAUGGAAGUUUCUAUUGCAUAUGUCCCCAAGGAACAUCUGGUGAUCCUGUUCGAGGAGAAUGCCUCCCCAACAAAAGGAAUUCUCUUUUACUUGGUGUCAUCCUUGGUGCUAGCAUUGGAACGAGUCUCUUGCUCUUAUGCAUAGCAUUGGUCAUCGUAGGCAAAAAAUGGAAGCAAAGAAUUCAACAGAAAAUCAAAAAAAGGAAUUUUCUAAGGAAUCAUGGUUUGCUACUUCAACAGUUAAUCUCCACAAGUGAUCAUGUUGAAGAGAGAACAAACAUAUUUUCUCUGGAAGAAAUAGAAAAGGCAACAAAUAAUUUUGAUGAAACUCGAGUGCUUGGAAGGGGAGGACAUGGAACAGUUUACAAAGGAAUUCUAUCAGAUCAACGAGUUGUUGCCAUCAAAAAGUCAAAAAUAGUUAAGACGAGUGAGAUUGACCAAUUUAUAAACGAGAUUGCGAUUCUUUCUCAGAUGAACCAUAGGAAUGUAGUUAAGCUUCUUGGAUGUUGUUUAGAAACCGAAGUUCCUUUACUGAUUUAUGAAUUUAUCUCUAACGGGACCCUUUCUGAUCAUCUACAUGUUUCACAAGAUGAAUCUAAAUUAUCAUGGGAUGAUCGUCUUAGGAUUGCUUCAGAAUCUGCAGGAGCGCUUGCCUAUCUACACUCAGCUGCUUCAAUGUCUGUCUUCCAUAGGGAUGUCAAGUCAUCAAAUAUUCUUUUAGAUGAUACUUUUAAGGCGAAGGUAUCGGACUUUGGAGCAUCAAGAUUUAUUCCUCUUGAUCAAACACACAUAAUUACUGCCAUACAUGGUACCUUUGGGUAUAUCGAUCCAGAGUAUUAUCAAACAAGUCAGUUGACAGAGAAAAGUGAUGUUUAUAGUUUUGGAAUUAUUCUUCUUGAACUUUUAAUUGGAAAGAAGCCCAUCUUCUCAACCAAAGAUGGGUUACAACAAAAUCUAGCCAUGAAUUUCCUUCAAGCAACAAGAGAGAAUAUGUUGCUUGAUCUUAUAGAAGAUCGUGUUUUGCAAGAAGGAACAAAGCAAGAGUUUCUUGAAAUCAGUAGUCUGAUAGAAAUAUGCCUAAAUUUGAAAGGUGCGAAAAGGCCUACAAUGAAAGAAGUUGAAUAUAAAUUGCAAAGCAUGAGAAAGGUUAGAAUGAAAAAGAAAGGAGUUUGUAUUCUAGAAGGGAAUGAAGAUGUUGAAUGUUUACUCAAUAUGUCAUCUCACUCUUCCUCACAAUUGGUGGAUGAAAUAAGUCAAGGAAAUACUAGGAAUUAUAGCUUUGAGAAGGAGCUUAUGUGGUCACAAAAUUGCGCUCGUUAAUUUCUUUUAUGUAUAUGCAAGCAUGUGCAAUUUGCAUCUUUUUUAUUAUCAUCUUGAACUUUGUAUAAUUAAUUUUAU